AUGAUGGAUGAACUCUUUAACAUUCACUGUGUGGAGCAGAUGUUUGACUUUCUCGGACAUCAGUUUGCAAACCGAGAGCUGGUUCGGCUAGCCCUUACAGCCGCCGGUGCCGACUCGGCAAAUCACGAUGGUAAUAGACAGUUGGCAUUUCUUGGCCAAGCUGUCAUGAGCCUAGUAGCAGUCAAUGGUAGCUAUGGGAACGUCUCGUCACGAGAGGAUAUGAAUACUAUGCAAAGCAAGUUUAGAUCAAAGGUCUGGUGCGCUGCUGCGGCGGAUGCGACUGGAGUCUCGACUUGUAUUAGGCUUUGCGAACGAUCUGGACCGCCUUCCAAAACCGUCAAGAGCUAUGCCAUCAACGCUAUUAUUGGGGCAAUCUGGAUUGAAUCUGAAUCUUGCAAAACCGUGGAAGCCGUACUUGAUACUAUUCAAUACCAUCUGUUAAAUGCGGCCGAAAACUCGCAUCCUUCCAGCUGUCAGACAAGCUCGGUUCCCUUCGAACCUCGCGUUGGCUCACCCAGCCAGUUCUUGAUGGAUCAUGGUUAUGCGGCUUCAAAUCACGGCGAUGGCAGUCGUUUAGGAGAUGGCAGUCCGUUUGGGUCUUCCCGAAGUGAAACUCUGGAUGAUGAAAGAAGCAGUUCUGUGAUGGAGGUUCUCAUGAGCACUUCACAGACUGAUAUGCCGCUACCAAUCACACCUGCAUUGGAAGACGAGCCUAUCGAUAGCAGCUCGACUGCCGUCAUAUGUGAAACAGAGCUAUACUCACCAGGGCUUGCUCUUACACUCGCUCCUGACCUGGAGUGGUUUGCAUCAUUUGUUUCUGAAGACGAAAAUCGAUGUGCAGAAUACAAACUACCGAGCACUUGGUCUACCCCCCAAGCGAUUGCCACACUGCAGAUUCUGAACAAAUUCCCUGCCCAUCAUCGAGAUAUAUGCCUAAGAUUAUGGGCUGGUAUCUGCAGCAGUUCCUCCGUGGUUAAUCUGCAGGAACUCAUGCAAGUACUGAAAAGCGGUUUGAACAUUAAGCCUCUGUGUCUCGGAAUGGAACUUUCCGUGCAGAACAGACUGCAAGUCAUUGAUCGUGCAGAGAAAUGCGUCAAAGGGCUUUUGGCAAUAAGGAGACUCCAUGUGCUUCAAUUGUGGAGGGAUCAACCGCAAGCAGCCGGUGGCGACCCUUGGAUCAAUCUGAGCAUAUGCAGUGCCAGUGGCAGCUCGGGCGGAGGCUUGAGACGAUGGCUUCGAGAUUUGGCACAGGAAUACUGGGACUAUUACCUUGCUCCGACUUUGGACCCCAUGAUUCGAUCCCUGCAGUAUCGGAUCACGCGCUUCGAGACUUGA